AUGUUAUAUAGUUCUAGUAGUUCAGAUGACAAAGAUCUAUUUGAUUUGGCAUUAAUAAUUGCAUUCCCACGACGAGCAAAAAAUAUCAGACCUCGUACAAAUCAUUUUGAAAAAUGGUUAGACCAAGAAUUUAUCGAUCGAUUUCGUUUGUCAAAAGCUACUACACUCUUUGUUUURGACCUGUUUAAAGAAAAAAUUUCUCAUCGAACCACUAGAAAUCAUGCUGUGUCCGCUCAAAAUCAGCUAUUAAUUACAUUACGAUAUUAUGCAACUGGAUCUUUCUUGAGAGUUUCUGCAGAUUUUUCAGGAGUUGAGAGAUCUACUUCUGGUAGGAUUGUGCGGCGUGUUUCUCAAGCCCUUGCAAGUUUAUGUCCACAUUUCAUCAAAUUUCCAAGUACAACAGAGGAAGUGGAAACAGUUUGGCAAGGAUUUUAUCAAAUUGCAAAAUUUCCAAGGUGUAUAGGUGCUAUCGACUGUACACAUAUCAAAAUUCGUUCGCCAGGGGGAAAUAAUGCAGAGUUAUAUCGAAAUCGUAAACAAUUUUUUUCCAUAAAUGUUCAAACUAUUUGUGAUUCCAAUUUUCAAAUCCAAAAUAUUGUUUGUCAUUGGCCCGGUAGUGCCCAUGAUGCUAAUAUAUUUAAAAAUUCUGUGAUUAAAAGUAAAUUUGAACAUGGUUUAAUGGGUGAAAAUUUGCUUGUAGGGGAUAGUGGUUACCCUAUUUGUGUAGACUAG